AUGAGAAGGGCUCUCCUGUCUCGGAGCUGGGGCUCCACGCCUACUUUUCUCCAGGUCCAGCUGGAGCAUCCAAGGCCCAUUGGGGGAGAUCUGGAAGUCCCUCCAGGGCCAGAGUCACCACCAACAUCAGCUCCAGCCCCAGUGCCAGCUCCUGAGCUGGAGUCAGCUGAACAAUUGGCUCCAGGGAGAAUCCUCACUCCACCUGGAGAGAUAACAGCAGAGCCAGAUCCAGCCCCAGAGCCCGCCUGCCCCUGGGAUGUGACUAGCAAGAACCUGUUGAGGGAGGAGAAGCCUGAUUUCUUGGAGUUCCCUCCCCGGCUGGUGGCAGAGCAGUUGACACUGAUGGAUGUGGAUCUCUUCAAGAAAGUGAUGCCCCACGACUUCCUGGACUCCAUCUGGUCCCAGUGUGACAACAGGGGUAAUGAGCACCUGGCACCCACCAUCGAUGCCAAUAUGACCCACUUUAACAGAAUGGUCGAAUAUGUCGUCACCACCUGCAUUGGGGACCCGAGCAUGACGGUCCGGGACAGGGCCAGGGUGGUGGAGCUCUAA